CAGAUAGUGAAGGCUACACCUCGCUUCUCCCCAAGCUGUUCCCUGGUUUACUGUACCUAGUCAUUGAAGAAUGAAGGACACCUUGAUGCGAUGGAAGUUGCCUCUGAUCUGUUUCAUCUGGCAACUAGCAAUGAUUAUCCUCUUCGGGGUCUUCAUUCGAUACGAUGACGAAUCCAGCGCACGUUGGAAUGUCAUCAGAAGGACCCGGAAUAUCACCAGCGUAUUGGAAAACGAUUUCUAUUUCAGGUAUCCCAGUUUCCAAGAUGUACACGUGAUGGUUUUUGUGGGAUUCGGGUUUCUGAUGACCUUCUUGAAGAGAUAUGGAUUUGGAAGUGUUGGCUUCAACUUCCUCAUUGCAUCAUUCAGCAUCCAAUGGGCUUUGCUGAUGCAGGGCUGGUUUCAUUCCUUAGAUUAUAGCGAUGGGAAAAUCAAAAUUGGUGUGGAAAGUCUGAUAAAUGCUGAUUUCAGUGCUGCCUCAGUGUUGAUCGCAUUUGGAGGUGUUCUUGGAAAAGUGAGUCCUGUCCAACUGCUGAUCAUGUCAUUGUUUCAAGUGACUCUCUACGCAGUGAAUGAAUUUAUUAUCCUGACUGUUUUGGGGGCUAGAGAUGCUGGUGGUUCGAUGGUUAUCCAUGUAUUUGGAGCUUAUUUUGGACUUACAAUCACACGUAUCCUAUACAGGCCAAACUUGGAUCAAAGAAAGAAUGAGUCUGUUUACCACUCUGACCUCUUUUCUAUGAUUGGAACUCUCUAUCUCUGGAUGUUCUGGCCCAGCUUCAACUCCGCAAUUUCAAACCAUGGGGAUGCCCAGCAUCGUGGUGUCAUCAACAGCUAUUGCUCACUGGCCGCAAGUGUCCUCACUGCCAUUGCCAUUUCCAGCGUCUUUGAGAAGAAGGGCAAAAUUAACAUGGUUCACGUUCAGAAUGGGACGCUUGCUGGAGGGGUGGCUCUUGGCACAGCUGCAGAAAUGAUGCUCACUCCCUAUGGAUCACUGAUUGUUGGAGCUCUGUCAGGAACUAUUUCAACAUUAGGCUUCAUCUUCCUCUCGCCACUCCUGGAGAAAUACCUUAAGAUACAAGAUACCUGUGGCAUCCACAACCUGCAUGGUAUUCCGGGCGUGAUUGGAGCCAUUGUGGGAGCUAUCACUGCUGCAGCUGCAACUGAAGGAGUGUAUAGCAGAGAAGGGUUGAUUGAUGCUUUUGGUUUCGUGGACGGAUUUGCAGAUCGGACGCCCAGUGUCCAGGGAGGGUUUCAGGCUGCAGCGUUGUGUGUCACUCUCCUUCUGAGUGUGGGCGGGGGAGCUGUUGUAGGUUUCAUUCUGAAGUUGCCGUUCUGGGGUGAUCCAUCAGAUGAAAACUGCUUUGAAGAUGAGGUGUACUGGGAGGUGCCAACAGAAGAAGAAGCUGCAUUGCACAGUGUUCAUUAUGAAAACAACCAACUUAAAAAGCCUACUUCAAAUGGAGAUACUCAACAAUGAGAUAUAAGGAGGGUGUUUGUCAGAGACCCCUGUGCUGUUUCGUACUGAGCUACAAGUAAAAGCAGCAGCAUCAAUGAACUGACUCAGAACAGUGCAAUAUGUUUUCCCUUUUCCCUCUACACAAAAGCCUCCGGUUAAUGGAAUCCUUUGAGAUCCUCUCGGGAUAACUUGGUGGGAAUCAGGAUCAUAUUCAUCUUUUCAGCUACUCUUACUGGGAACAUCUGCUAUCACCUUUGGGCGACGCUGUGUCUUCAAGUGAUCCACUUUUUAAGGACAGAUCUGUUCAGGUCAAGGACACCGACAUAGACACUGACUCUCACCGGAAACUCUGCUGCCUGCUUGUUUGGUUUUGUAAUGUCCCAUCGGAUUUUCCCCCUGGCCUUCCCUGAAGGUGCCUGCUCUUGCUCCAACUCAUUAGUCACACAGGGUAGGUCAGGAAUGCCUUUCACGAUGCCAAUGAGGGCACCUCAAAGACCCCACAGCUAUUUAAUUAUUCCUUUUUAAAAGGUACACUCACUGUUGGACUGUUAACCAUCCUCCCUGACACCAAGGUUGAGCCUGAUUUUACUCAGUCAAAUUCCUAACACACUGAGGUGGAGAGGUGUAAUGUCACCUUUUAUCGGUGGAGGGCUUUUUGGCAUAGUGGUAGUGUCCCAAACUCAACAGCCUGGGUUCAAGUUCCCCCUGCUCCACUCCAGUGUAAUAACAUCUCUGUAUGAGUUGAUUAGAAAAUAUCUCAAAAGUGAUAAGAAAUGGACAGGCUGAUUUGUACCUCCUUCGUUCUGCUUAAAGCCAGUUGUUAAUCAUUUGUUUUCCGGGGGGUAUAAUGAUCUGGGAAAGGGAAUCUUGUUGGAUUGUAGUCCCUCUCUCCCUGGCUCAGACUGCAAAGGCAACUCUGUUGCACUUCAGCUGGCCUGAAAAAGGUCAACUGACUCAGCAUCAAGCAGAUGAUAGAGUCAUAGAGAAAUACAGCAUGGAAACAGACCCUUCAAUGCAAUUCGUCCGUGCCAAUCUGGUAUCCUGUAUAAAUCUAGUCCCUUUGCCAGCAUUUGACCCAUUUCCCUCUAAAGCCUUCCUAUUCAUAUACCCAUCCAGAUGCUUUUUAAUGUUGUAAUCAUACCUGCCUCCACCACUUCCUCUGGCAGCUCAUCCCAUACAUGCACCAUCCUCUGUGUGAAAAGGUUGCCCCUUAGGUCCCUUUUAUAUCUUUCCCCUCUCACCUUAAACUUAUGCCAUCUAGCUUUAGCCUCCCCCACCCCGGGAAACAGACCUUACCUAUUUACCCUAUCCAUGCCCCUCAUGAUUUUAUAAACCUUUAUAAUGUCACCCCUCAGCCUCCAAUGCUCCAGGGAACAAGCCCAAAUCCAUUCAGCCUCUCCCUACAGCCAAAAGCUUCCACCCUGAUAACAUCCUUGUCAGUCUUUCUUGAACCUUUUCUAGUUUUGCAACAUCCUUGCUAUAGGAAGGAGACCAGAAUCCACACACUCAAGAAUUUUCGACUCAAUUUAACAGUGUCCUCCUCCAUCUACCCACUCAGACUUCAGCAACAGAAGACAAGAUUUCUCUUAUUAUUCAGUUUCUCAUGUGCCUGAGAAUGGUUCUCAUGUAAAAGCUGUUAUAUGUAGAGGCAAAUUAUUAUCAUUUGGUAACUGAGCUUGUCCAAGCCACAGCUAUCCUGUUUUUCUAGAGCCUGGAAUUUCCUCAUUGUGUAAAUUACAUCAACAUUUAUGUCAGUCACUGUUCCAGUCUUGCCAAUGGGAACUCAUGUUUUCAACUUCCCACCGAGCUUUCUUGGUCAGACCCAGAACAAAGCAAGAACCAUCUAAACAGCUCAGUCUUCCCAUAAAAUUAUGUUCAAAAUUGUCAGAUGAUGGAGAGUCAAAGUUUAACCUUUCUGUGAGUAUUUCCCUGAUCGGAACAGACAGGAAUAGAGAGGCUCAGCAGUUGUUGCCAGAUGAGGGUAUCUGAUUGGAGAAGAACUUGUGUGCCUCCUCGACAUUUAUACGUAUCCUCCUUCCUGUCCAAUCAACACAGACCCCUGUUAGUAAGCGGAUGAAAACACUGAUUAACGACCAAGGGAAUCCAAACACCAUAGAACUGGUGGAAGAUCCUGUUGUGGUGUCCAUAUCCCUGAGCCUGGAGGCCCAGGUUCAAGUCCCACCUGCUCCAGAGGCACAUAAUAACACCUCUGAACAAGUUGGUUCAAAAAUAUCUUUAGAACCAAUGUAGGCACAAUGAACCAAAUGGUCUCCUUCUGUGCUGUAACUUUCUGUGAUUGGGUUGUUAUGGACGCACUCUGUUGGAUGAAAUGGAAGUUAUGCACCUACUUGCUAACGCAUUUCAUUUUGUACCCUUUUUUCCUUUAAACAAAUAAGUAUAGCACAAAUAAAAUGGAUCUUCAUCAUGCUAACUUCUAACAAGUAGAACCUGUUAAGAAACCUAAGUGUGAAACUUCUACAAUUCUAAAAUUGAACAGGAACACUGCAAACAGUUGUAGUCUGUUUAUUUAAUGAAGGAUGUGAAUGAAUUGGAUGUGGUUAAGAGGAGGUGUACCAUACUGUUAUGCCAAAUGAGCAGAGUAUCUUUUGGGGAAAGAUUGGACAGUGUUUGUCUUCACUGGAAUUUAGCAGAGUGAGGCAUGAUUUGAUUAAAAUUUAUAUGAUCAUGAAUAGACUUAACAAGAUGAAUGUAGAAAGGAUGUUUCGUCUUCUGGGUGGCUCCAGAACCAAGGGGUGCUGGUACAAAAUAAGGGAUCACCUGUUUCUGACAGAGACAGAGUCAUAGAGAUGUACAGCAUGGAAAAAGACCUUUCAAUCCAACUCAAUCAUGCCAACCACAUAUCCUAAGUAAAUAUGGUCCCAAUUGUCAGCAUUUGACCCUUCCUCUUCAUAUACCCCACCAGAUAGCUUUUAAAUGUUGCAAUUAUACCAGCCUCCACCAUUCCCUCUGGCAGCUCAUUCCAUGCACACACCACGCUUUGCAAUAAAAGGUCGCCCCUUAGGCCCCUUAUAAAUCCUUCCCUUCAAACCUUAAACCUAUGCUCUCUAGUUUUGGACUCCCCCACCCCAGGGGAAAAAAGAGUCCUUAUCUAUUUCCUUAUCCAUGCCCCUCAUUAUUUUAUAAACCCCUAUAAGGUCACCCCUCAGUCUCCAAUACUCCAGGGAAAAUAGCCCCACCCUAUUUAGCCUCUCCCUGUAGCUCAAACCCUCCAACCCUGGCAACAUGCUUGUAAUUUUUUUCUGAACAUUUCAAGUUUCACAAUAUCCUUCCUAUGGCAGGGAGACCAGAAUUGCAUGCAAUAUUCCAAACAUAGCCCAAUGAAUGUUAUGGAGAUUUUUUUGCUUUUGCAGAGGUUUGUGCAACUUUGGAGCACUCUGCCUCAAAACAAGGCGAAGGUGGGUCAGUACAUAUUUGUUGAUGUGGACGGAUUCUUAGAAUAGAAUGCCAUAGAAUCCCUACAGUGUGGAAACAGGCCCUUCAGUCCAACAAGUCCACACCAAACCUCAGAGCAUCCCACCCAGACCGAACCUCCUAUAACCCACCUAAUCUACACCUCCCUGAACACUAUGGGCAACUUAGCACGUCCAAUCCACCUAACCUGCACAUCUUUGGACUGUGGGAGGAAACCAGAGCACCCAGAGGAAACCCGCACAGGUACAGGGAGAAUGUGCAAACUCCUCACAGGCAUUUGCCAAAGGCUGGAAUCAAACCCGGGUCCCUGGUGCUGUGAGGCAGCAGUGCUAAUCACUGUGCCACCGUGUCACCCUUGAUUAAAUUCUUGUUAGACAAGAGAGUCAGAAGUUGUUGAGGAUAGAUGGGAAUGUAGAAUGCUAAACACAAAUAGAUCAACCAUGGUCUCAUUGAAUGGAAGAGGUGGAAUGGCCUACUCCUGCACUUGAUUCAUAUGUUCAGAUGCUCAUAGAUGCUAAAACCAGAUCCCUGAUUCCGUACAAUUUUCUUUAUUAUUAUAUCGCACAAUUGGGUUGGUCUUAAUUUGAGGCGUGCAGCACUGAGAAUUGCAUCAACCUGUCUCUUGUUUGUGGGAAGCCUCAGAUCCAUCACAAUUUGACUGAAUGACAGCGCAGCUUUAAGGGGAUGCCUCGCCUCCUCAUGUUCCUCUAAUCUCCAUUUUCACAAAUUAAAUAAUAAUGAUUAAAUAACUGAUUGUAGGAUCUCUGUGGAGGUGCUUAAGUUGACAAAAGAUGAGUGGUAAAGAAUUAAAGUCUGUGACCACCGGGCUUAAGAACUUACAUAGUAACUUACGCAGUUCAAUCAGGGAAGGCAGUUCAUGCAGUCAAGUUGAACAUUAAUUGAAAUCAGUUGAGGGUUCACUGGAGGGGAAUUUGAAGAAGUAUUUCAAUCACUUACGCUGAUUCUAGUUGACAAUUAGAAUGAUUUGUAUGGAAGGAAAUAAAGACGGUAUAUCAAAAUGAGAAGCGUCAAUCACUAUCAGGCUUUGAAACCGAGAACUGCAGUGAUGCUACCAGUUAGUUCAACAAUAGGUGACUGCAUUAUGCGUCAAUUAUUGAAGUAAUUACGCACUAGUGUAUCACUGCAGUAGAUGUGGAAGGCUUAUGCAAGUUGCUCUUUAGCCUGGUGUGGUUAUUUGUGAAUGGGCAGCAGAAGUCGUCGAACGUGACCCAUGUGGUCAAGGAAACUUUGUUCUUGUGAAGUUGCAGCAUAAAACCAGUGCAAAUCAAUUAUGCUCAAAUUUCCUCUGGAAAAAUAUCCAUUGUUGAUCUCGUGCUAUGUUGCAGUUACAUCCAAACAACCCAGAAACAUCUGGGCCAUAAAUUUUUAUCACCUUGCUUUAUAAAUUCUGAAGAUGUCCAUGGAUUGUGUAUGAGUGAUAAAUUGAAAUACAACAUUUGUUAUUUUUAAA